AAGCGGUUUAUUCGUCUGCCGAUUGCCGACGAAUACUAACGCGCCUUGAGUAGAAUCGCGUCGCGCCAAAGCAAGUUUACUGUAUUAAAAAGAAAGUUUCUCACCUUUGAAUGAACAGUCAGAAUGUCUACUCUCCUCGAUGUUUGCGGUCCUCUUUCCCCGCCGUCAACGCCGCCGUUGAUGGAAGACAAAGUGGAAGUAUUGAAGAAGGCAGCUGUAAAAAGGGCUAGAGAGUCGCCCCCUGUGGGGUUCGUCACACCCCAGCCAUCUGACUCUGAGGGUGAAGAUGAAUGCAGCAAGCGCUCUCGGUGCGAGUUGGCCCGCCUGCUCCUCACCACACCUCCUCCAGAGCCGCAAGUGUGUCCGCGACCAUCGGUCAUUAUGCGGGCUCACAAGGAUGGAACCUGCAGCCCAGAACCGCUGCUGCCGCCACCGCCGCCAGAAUCAAUGAACAUUCUUAAAACUCUUAAAUUUAAAAUGAACCGUGGCCACAGUUAUUCGCAAGUGAAAUAUAUUGCGACUCAGACACAAAGCCCUCCCGCCCUUGUUGAGACGCCGGCGAAAGUUGAAGAGCCGCGAGUGCCGUCGCCGCACCCAGAAUUGCCCACUAAACAGGAAGAGCGGGUUCCGGCGGCCACACCCGGCUGGGUGCCAUUAGCGCCCCGCCCCACGCCAGCAGUCAUCGUUCCGGGCAACCUAAUUCCCACAACUGCCCUAUGGCUCGUGACUCCCGCCCCGGCCGCCCGACGCAGGCUCUACGAGUGUUCACAUCCUGGUUGUGGAAAAAAUUACUUUAAGUCUUCACAUUUGAAAGCUCACGCCCGAACCCACACGGGAGAGCGGCCAUUCCGCUGCGCGUGGCCUGGAUGCGAGCGACGUUUCUCCCGAUCUGACGAGUUGUCCCGCCACAAGAGGACACACACGGGCGAAAAGAAAUUCGGUUGCCGCGUCUGCAACCGCCGCUUCAUGCGAUCCGACCACCUCGCGAAGCACGUAAAACGGCACGCCAAAGAAAGAACGCCACAACCAGUGCUCAGGCUGCUUCCUUCUCCGCCAAUGGCCAUCCAGCCCACCGCAAUGAACUGACUGUGAUUUAGAUCUCAUGAUCGUUAGCUUAGUACUCUUUAAGACUGUCCUAUCUACUACUUAGCUAGCACUUAAGGUUAACUUGUAAGAUAAAAAUAUAAAGAUUUGAUUUA